ACUGGCUGUCAUGGGCAAAGCUCAAACAGGCUAUCUGUCCAUGAAAGUGUGUGUGGGGUGGGGGAGGGGGUGUUAGUUUUUAAGUCAGGCGUGGAUCCAGGGUUUUGUGAAGGGGAUGGAAUGCCGGACAUGAAAACAACAAUGUUUCCAGGAUGGCAACAGCCCAUGGGCACAUUCGUAAAUCCUGCAAUGCAAUAUCAACAACAACAACAACAACAGCAGCAGCAACAGAUGUAUCCCGCUCAAGCUGGUCAAAUGUAUCAGUGGUAUUAUCAACAACAGGGACAAUGGCCAAGGCAAAUGGUGGGCCAAAUGCCAGUUGUUGGACAACCUCCAGUUCCCCCAACUCCAUCUGUACAACCACCACUGCCUCCCUCAACUUCUGCUGGAGAAGAUAAUUCUUCGGCAGUUAGUGUUAACCCUGCUCCUCCACAGCCUCCAUCUGAUGUGAAACCCCCAUUGCCACCUGAACCCCCACCAGCCACCGAGGAAGGAGGCCAGGCGGCUACAGAAACGGACAAACAGGGCCUUGUGUCGAAGGAUGAUUUGGAAGAUGAAAAGCUUGCCCAGUUGAAGAUGCAGGCUCAGCAGUGGCAGCAGAUCCAGCAACAGGUCCAGCCAAGCUCUUGGUCUGCAGCACAGCCCCCAACACCUGUGUAUUCUGGGCAGUCAGCAUCACCUGAAUAUGAAGCUAUUUUAACAGAAGAGAAAGAAUUUAGUAAUCAGUAUCAGCAGUGGAAGGAACAGUACGAUACCUGGAAGGAACAAAAUAAAGACCACCCCAACAAAGAUCAGUUUAAGCAAUAUGAGCAACAAUGGCAACUUUAUGAGCAACAGAUGGAAACCCGCAAGAAUGAUAUUCAAACUCGGAAAACAGAAAUACUUUCUAGAAUGAAUGUACAGACUGUUGCUGGACAACAUUCAAGUCAGUCUAGCCACAUAGGACCAUAUGUUAGUCAACCUCCUACCAGGUACCCAAUUCCUCCAAAUCAAGCAGCAGCAGCAGAACCGCAUGUUAGCCUGACUGGGCCUGGUCAAUUCACAGGGCCAGAUCAGUUUUCAGGUCAACAAGGACAAUAUCCAGGACCUCAUGGACAGUUUUCCGGGCCACCAGGUCAGUAUUCAGGUUCAGCAGGUCAGUAUUCAGGGCCACCAGGACAGUUGUCAGAUUCUCAACCGUCAUUAUCGCAAGACACGACUAUUAUGAGUUCAGAUGUUGUCCCUCCUAUGAAAGAAACCAAUGAGUAUGCAAAGCCUGGCAUUGAAAAGGAAUCGGAUAUACCAGAACAUGAUAAUUAUUCCGAAUCUCGGGAUUCAUACACUGCAGGUGACAUGGGUGGAUCUUCAGGUCAACAAGGAUUUCAUGGUCAAAGGUUCCCACCACCUCAGCAAAGAUUUCAAGGCCCUCCUCAUUCAUAUGGUGGCCCCAGAGGAUUUGGUGGUCCACCACCAAGAUUUCAAGGUAGAGGUCCUACCCCUGGAAACCAGAGAUUUCCUGGGCCAAAUGAAUUUCAAGGACCAGGUAAUAGGUUUGAAAAACCACCAGGUAAUGGAAAUUAUGGUGAAAAUGAAGGAUUUGAUGACCAGCAAGAUAAGAGUGAAUAUAUGUAUGAAAAAAAAGAAUAUUUUCAAGAAGAAGCAGAAGUGCCAGCUGAAGAAGAAUAUGGAAAGAAAUCUUUAAUGGGACCUGGGCCGCGAUUUCCAACAUCACAAGGUGCAAGAUUUCAAGGACCAAUGGGUCCAAGAUUUCCGGGACAAUCUGGUCCAAGAUUUCCAGCACAGUCUGGUCCAAGAUUUUCAGGACAGUACGAUUCACGAUUUUCAGGACCCCGGGGCCCAAGAUUUUCGGGUCAGCCACAACAUCCAAAUCAGAACAAGCAGUUUGGUGAACAACCAGGUCGUGGUCCUUUUAGUGAUAUGCAUAGACCUCCGGGACCAGGUCAGGGUUCCAAGUUUCAGGAAUCUUUCGAAGGUGAGAAUGAGCCUGACAAUGAUUACAUGGAACUUGAUGAUGAUAGUAAAAACGAUGACGAGCCUGUAUCCCAUCAGGGUUUCAUGGGACCAAGAGGCCCUCACUUUGGUAAUAGAUUCAUGACACCUCGUGGUGGAUUUGAUAACCAAGGUGGUCGGGGCAUGAUGCGAGGUGGACCAAGAAUGAUGGGCCCUCGUCCACCACCUAAAGGUCCUAUUUCCUUGUUGGAUAUUCGGUUUGAUAAGCCCCCUUCUAUUGCCUGCCUUAGUUCUGAUAAGAAUGAAGAUGAAGAGGAGGAUGAAAAUGCAGAGGAUGUUAAGGAACCUCCAAGUGAAUUACCAGCUCGAGGAGGGUUUGCUAAUCGAGGUAGAGGAAGAGGAGGCCCAUUUGGUCCUAAUAAUCGUGGACACCCACCACGUUUUGGAGGACCUGAUCAAUUUCGCCCAAGAGGACCAUUUCCACCUCGGAAUCCUGAGGAAAGCGACUUGGGUCCUGGAGGAGAGGAAGAGGACACUGAUUUUCAAGAAUUCCCUGGUCAUGGAUCAAGAGGUCCUGGUCCACAGUAUUUUCCUGGACCUCGAAGACCUGGACCUCCCAUGGGUCCACGUUUCCCAGGUCCACGACUUGGUGGUCCACCAGGGCCUAACAUGUCCAGACCACCUGGCCCCCGUCCAUUUGACCAAGGUCCUCGUCCUCCAAUGGGCUUUCAGCCUGACAUGGACAUAGAUUUUGAGUCACCGGAGGACAAAGAUGAAAGGACAGACAAAAGCAAAGAACAAACUGAUGAUCAAGCGAUAAAGGGAGCUGAGCCACCCAAAGAUGUCUUAGAUAUCAGGAAUAAGAAUGAACCUGCUGCAUCGACCGAUACUCGGGAAGUAGAAGAUUACCCUGACACCCAAGAUGAUCAGGAAUCAGAAAUGCAUCAUCCUCCACAGUUUGGUCGAGGGGGGUACAGAGGUCGUGAUUUCCCCUUCCCUGGUCGGGGAGGUUUCCCCAGAGGUCCGCGGCCACCAAACCAAAGAGAGUUUGGGGGAAACCAAGGACCUCGGUUCCCUGGAAAUCAAGGUUUCGGUCGAGGUGGUGGGCCAAGGAAUGAAGGCUUUGAUGAAGACAGGAGGUUUGAGGGGGAUAGUUGGCAACAGGAACCAGAUACAUGGAAACAAGAACAAGAGCUUUACAAUCAAGAAGGUUUUGAUCAUGGGAGAGGUCGAGGAAGGGAUCGAGGUCGGGGCAGAGGUCGUGGUCGAUAUGAAGGACCUCCAGGACCUGACAUUGACCGACCAGCUGAUCCCAUGGAUCCCUAUGAUGAAUACCGGGACCCAUUUAUAGACCGCAUGGAUGACAGGAGAAGAGACCCAUACCUUGACAGAAGGGAUUAUCCAGACCCUCGGGAUCCCUAUUUUCCCAGACAGCCACCUCCAUUGGAUUAUGACAGGCUUGAACCAGACCCUUACAGAAGAGACAGAGACUAUGAUGACCUUUGUAGAGACAGACUAAGAUACGACCGGCCUCUUCUUGACCGGCCUGGUUGGGAUAGCAGCGAUCCUCAGCUUGAUAGACUGGGCUAUGGUCGUGACCGGCCGCCACGUCCGUUGGAUCGACCCAAUAUUGAUCAUCCACUGCUUGACAGAUCCGAGUUCCUCGAUCGUCUUCCUCCAGAGAGACCCCUCCUUGAUCGGCCCGAAUACGAUCGGCCUGAGUUUGACCGUUCUCCUGUUGAUAGAUAUGAUCGUCCCAUGUUGGAUCGUCCUUUACUUGAACGCCCUAUGUUGGAUCGCCCUUUACUUGAUCGUCCUUUGUUGGAAAGACCUCUCAUCCCAACUGAAUCGAUCGAUUAUGGUCACAAACCAACCAGAGAACCUGAGCUAAACAGAGAUUCCCCAGUGUUUUCAGGCCCCCAGACAGUCAUUGAUUAUGGGCAUGGACAGCAACCUGAUGACAGGCUGCCGCCUGCUGUCCACAAUAAAGAUUCUCAGUAUGACAGAGACCGAAUUGAAAGGGAGAGGAUUGAAAGAGAGAGAAUGGAAAAAGAAAGAGAGAGGGAUCGAGACAGAGACCCAAUACGAAGUCGAGAGCCAAUGAGAGAACGUGAGUGGGAGAGAGAGAGAGAGCCACACCGAGGAGGAGAGCCACACAGGGGAGGAGAUUACAGGAGAGGAGAGGAUAUUGAGAAAGAUCGUUUUAAACAUAGGGAUUCUUGGCAAGAAUUUGGUCCUCCUGGCAGAAAUAUAGCACCAAGAAGAAAUACACCUGACUUUGGACCAUCUGUUAGAAACACUCCACCUCAUGGGUUCCCCGAGCCAAAACCAGUAUUUGAACCAAAGAUUGAGACGGCCAAAGUGGAAGAUCUGUUGUGUUCUCCUGGAAGAAAGUCAAGACCCCAGCAGAUUGUCAUUAUAUUAAGAGGGUUGCCUGGUGUUGGAAAAACCUAUGUCAGCAAACUUAUCAGGGACAAGGAAUUGGCUAAUGGAGGUAGUGCCCCAAGAAUGUUAUGUCUUGAUGACUACUUUAUGGUGGAAGUUGAAAAGAAGGAAAAAGAUCCUGAAAGUAAAAAAAUUGUUACAAAAAAGGUAUUAGAAUAUGAAUAUGAAGCAGAGAUGGAAGCUGCCUACCGCAAGAAUUUAUUAAAAUCCUUCAAGAAAACCAUUGAUAAUGGCUUCUUUCCAUUCAUUAUUCUUGAUGCUGUCAAUGAGAAAACCAAACAUUAUGAGGACUUCUGGAGCUACGCUAAAUCAAAAGGGUUUCAGGUAUAUGUAGCCCAUGUCCAGGCAGACAUCAGUGUGUGUUCAAAGCGAAACACCCACAAGUUUAAACUCAGUGAUAUAGAAAAUAUUCAGAAAAGGUGGGAUGAUACGCCAAGACACUUUCUGAGACUGGAUAUUAGAUGGUUACUUCAAGAAGAUUCAAUAACAGAGGUUGAAAUGGAAGAUGCUGCGAAAGAGGAGGCGACAAAGAAGGCUAAAGAAGCAACCCCAGAUCGGAAAGAUGCCGAUGUGGAGGAUGAAGACAAAGUGGAGCUGCACAGCUUCGGAGGGAUUAACCAGAAAUCUAGAUGGGAGAUAGAAGCGUCUGAGGAACAACUAGAUAAACUUGAUGGUCUUCGAUUAAACAAACGUAAGCGUUCCCCUUCACCACAGAGCCUUGAAGAUUUCCUUCAGAUGGAUUAUUUUAAUCGUAGGUCUACACCUGGCAAAAAGAGGGUUCGUUGGGCCGAUAUUGAAGAGAAACAAGCCCAGCACCGCCGACGUGAACUUGGUUUCAUUGUGGGACAGACUCAGCAUGACUGGGAUAGAAUAACUGAUGAUAACUUUGCUCACAGAGCUCUCAAUCAAACUAAAUAUAUAUAGCUUAUCUCAACAUGCAUUCUUGUGCUUUUUGUGUUUCUGUUUAUACAGUUAUCUUCAUUCACCAUUUAUGGCAGUUUUGUCAGUUUGUUUUCGAAUGCUCCAGACAUCAUAUUUUUUUGGAUCGAAUAUCUUGAAAGACAAAACAAAUUAUACAAAUUUGAUUUGAAUGGCAGAAUAUGAAGAUAUUUACUAGUUCCGCUACAUUUGGCGAUUUCUGACUCAAUUCAUGUUGUCCUGUUUGGUGUGUUGAACCAAGUCUUUUACAAGAAGAGUUUUUAAGAGAAAGUGGGAUGAGAGUUGAAAGCUGUUCACAGACGUGGAAUUGAAAGGUCACCUCCUGAUGUUUUAAUUAUGUGUAUAUAUGAGAUAAUGAAACAGUAUUGUAAAAUCUCAUUAAAAUCAUUGUGAAGCUUAUGUUAUUGUCUGCUGAUUACCUCUAUGUUGCUUCUGUCUCGGACACUUUUUAUUAAAAACAUGUUUUUAAUGUAGACUUACUUGUUUGGUAUCAAAGCUUAGUAAAUUUACUAACUGUAACAAAAAAUGAAGAUUCAACAAUACGAAAUUUUAUCUUAAAACUUUUACAUAAAACUGAAACACAACUGAGGUUUUAGUGAAUUAGAAUUUGAUUGUUGCAAAAGUUUUUUUUGAGAAUUCAUGUUUUGUUAGUAUUUAGAUAAGUAAAUAAAUAUUGUGCUUUAGUCACAAAAAAUUGAGUUGAUUUUUUUAGCUACUGUGUGUGCGCGCACACAUUUGAACAGGCAUAUUUACCACUAUUGUCAAGAUAAUUAGGUGGUGAAUGUCUUCAGAAGCCUUGAAGAAUCUUUGAGUUGAUUAGGUAUGCUUUAUUCAACUAAUAUUAUGUACCAUCAUACCUUGUCCUGUUGACUUGGAUUCAUUUCCUUGUCCUGGAAAGGUCUGAACAUAUGAGGUCUGCACUGGAGCUGAAUUUCCAGCACAAACUUAGCUUAAUGUGAAUACCCUUGUGUUACAUUUAUGAUUAUUACAUUUUUGUAGUUUACCCUGAAAAAUAUUUGUGAAAAAGUUGGAAAUACCCGAAACAACUUUAAUGACUUGUUAACCUAUUUAAAACCACUAUUGGAUUUCUGAUGCACUGCUGUACUUGCUGUGUUCUAUAUUUCUCCCCAUAUUUCUAUCUAGCCACUGUGUUUGCUGUUUGUAUGACAUAGUAUCAUAUGACAGUUAUAAUUGGUUUUAAGUGUCAUUAAAUAAGCCUCCGAGAUUGAAAAAUGUGUUACGCAAAUCUGGACCUUUUGAGCAAUGCCCAAACAUAAUGAUCGCAUUGAUCAUUCUUGCAAUUUUUAUAGGCUUGUUAUAUAUGCACAUUAUUUUGGAUCCAAAUACCAUACUUUAAAAGUGACAUGCAUUAUUAAGAAAUUUUCUAACAGUCGUGACAUUUAUAGUUAUGUUUCUGUGGUAUAUAGUUAGUAUUGUCAACUUAUUAUAAAUCUACAUGGGUCAACUGUAACUGUAAUCAUUUACAGCUUAAAAGUAACCAAUAAAGUAUAUACUGUUUA